AAACUCUGGUGUAAGAAUACAAAGUAUGCGGUUCUUGUUGUUUGGGAUAUGUGACGCUGAUCGUGUAAUUUGACGUGGCGACUACGUAUUCUGCAAAUUUAUCCAGUCCGAUUGCUGCAAAAUUGGUGACGAAAAGUACGCAAGUGGUAAGUACUCGACUGACGAAAUACAACAGCUGAUUAGAAUCGGUGUUUACACGAGAAAUGGACCUGAGACUAAAAGUGUGAAUUUAUCAAACAUGGAUGAAUAGAUGACAGAAGUAAGUUCUUCACAAGCAGCAGAUUUAGAGACCAGUUCUGGAAUAUCUAUGGUACAUAUGCCCUCGCUGAACCAGCCCAUUCAAGUCCAGUCUGUCAUUCAUUCCAACACCCCCUCCGUGAUUCAGACCGCUGGGCCUAAUGUACAGACCAUCCAAGUGGUUCGGGUGGCACCAGUAGACGAAGAUUUGUCAGAUGAUUCUGAAAAUAAGAAAAGGCGUGAAAUGCUCUCAAGACGGCCUUCAUACAGGAAAAUAUUGAAUGAACUUUCCUCACCGGUGGCAGUGUCCAAGAUAGAAGAGGAGUCCAACAGCAGCCAGAGUCAAGACGGAGAUUCCCCAGAGGGAGCCUCAAACUUAUCCGGGGUUCAAUACCAACAAGUACUACCUGCAGGGACGAUACAGAUUUCUGGAAAUUCUGAUGGUGUGGCAGUGUCCCAGGGCCUACAGACACUGACAAUGACAAACGCAAGCCCCUCAACUACCUCUGCUACGGGGGCCACCAUAGUACAGUACGCACAAGGUCCUGAUGGACAGUUCUACAUCCCUGAUAUGUCAGGAACAGUCCAGGCCUAUCAAAUUGCCACAUCAGGGGCUUUACCCCAAGGUGUUGUAAUGGCAACGACUGGAAGUCCCAUGUCAAGUCCACAGAAUUUGUCUGAGGAAGCUUCACGGAAGAGGGAAUUACGACUUCUGAAAAACAGAGAAGCAGCACGUGAGUGUCGGAGGAAAAAGAAAGACUAUGUAAAGUGUUUGGAAAACAGAGUGGCUGUUCUAGAGAAUCAAAACAAGACAUUGAUUGAGGAAUUAAAGGCAUUAAAAGAACUCUAUUGUCAGAAGGAGGGAUAGUCCUUCGUCACACAAAGGAAUUCUGGGAUUGCUUGUUUUGGUCUAACAGUGCUAAUGUGAACAUGCAAUUAGAUGUUACGGGUCCGUGCCAGGACAUUUAUUCCGCAUCUAGUGACCAAGGGAACGUCGUUAUGUCUAUAUUUUUGUACAGAAGAGAAUUGAUUGGCCAGGAAAAAAUAUUUUUCGUCAUGCAUAUAUUCCUGUUGUUUUGCAAAGGCACCUUACAAAGCAUUUAGUGUAUUUUAUUAAAGAAAGAGAGAGAGUGAGAGAUUUUUAUAAAUUGAUGUAAAGCGUGAUGAUACUUGCAGAUGUUUGUAAAAUCUCGUGUGUUACGUUUUAUAUAUUUACAAUACUUCAACGUUAUGUUUCAUGUGCAGCUUUCAGAUUCAUGUUAAUUGUUGCAUACAUUGCUCAGAAUUUUUUACAAGCGUGUCUCUUUAAAUAUAUGCCUUCUGAUAUAGAUGAGCUGUACAGCGUCAUGAUUUUAUUUUUUUAUUUUUUUGCAUUUCGAAAACUUGAAAUAUAAGAAAAUAAAAUUUAAAUUGGUAUUAAUGGUGGCAUAUGUUUAUAAAUAAAUGAUAAAUACAUGAAUUUUAAUUAAUUACCUUUAGAAAUAAAUGAUUACAAGCAGCAUUGUUUUUAUAGCAAGUUCUACAUAUCAUGUAUGGUCAAAUACAUGUUUUUAAGUUUCUUGUCAUCAGAAAGGACAGAUAUAUUUUAAGUUUUGUUUUUGUUUACAAGUUUUCAACAAACAAUAAUUUUGGUUAGUCACAUUAAGAAAGGAAAAGGAUAAAAGGGUAAAAUUAACUUAAAACUUUGAUUUGGAAUAGAAUGUCAUUUGCACCCUGAUCAUAUAUCACUUGUAGAUAAUAAAUAUAGAUACAUGUAAGUAGCAUUGUUUCAAGUAGCUUUUUUCCCAUAUAGCUCUCUUGUUCAAAUUGUCUUCUUAACAUUUAUAAAGUUUUUCAGUGAUGGACAUGUAUUCUAUGUAAUAAUCGGAAUUGUCUGGAUACACUCACAGCUUCUAUGUAUAUGCCCUCACUAUUUUCACCGAGUUUUUGUCAAGAUGUUAGAUGACAUAAAAAUGUUUUUCAAAUGAAUGCUUUGAUGGACUGUACAUGUAUCAGUUUUAUCAAUUUUCAGUUGUAAAUUCUUUUUUGCUAUGCUACAUAUUCAAAUAUAUCACUAUCUGUGUGUUGCAUUUUAAGAGAUUUUUCUGCAAAGUGAGCUUUGUGGACAAAUUAUGAAUAACUGAAUCAAUUACGAUUUCCUUCCUGUCAUAUUUUUUGCAUAAGAUACAUGUGAAACAGCACUCAAUAAAAUCUAAGUCUCGUGUCAUAUUCCAUGCAAACUUGCCAAGAAAUAGUAAAACACAUUCUUAAAAAAGAAACGUCAUUACACAUUAUAAUCUGUGAAAAGUUAAAUAUUUGAAUAUGUUUAUUACCAGCCCUCUUGCUAGACAAAAAAUAGUUACUUACACAGCAUUAAUCAGCAAACAAAUUUAUUCCUAAAGAAUCAACUUCUCUGGAAGUGUUUAAUACAUAAUGUACAUAAUUUUUGUCAUGUUUGAAGUCUUGAGAGAUUUGCAAGUACAUAAAUUUGUUUUUUGUAGAAAAUUGUGUUCAAUUUUUGGCAUAUAAACUUUGAGAUGUAGAGGAUUUAAAAAGGAAAGGAGGAUAUAGGAGGAUAUAGCAUGGAAUAAUUCUCAAAGCAAGGACAAUGUUAAGUAUUGUCUACAGAGAGAUUUUUACGAAAAUUUAUUAAAAAGCCCAAUUUUUUUUUUUUUUUUUUUGAUAUCUUGGAUAAAAUUUUGUCCAGUGAUAUUGUUAUAUGUUAUUGAGAGAGUCACUUGAUAUUUUAAUAAAAAAUAAAUUAUGUCAAUGAA